UUCUUUCAAGUCAGAACUGGUCUGAAAUUGCAAAAUAUUAUACAUACAGGGCCUUCUGCUCUUGGCCUAUGAACAAUAAUAGUUACACCUACUCUAAUCCAUGAGAAUCAAAAAGUCACAGGUAGACAAUAUUAUUUGCAAGUAAAAUAGACAAGUCAAUGGAGUCAGAGUCGUUUUUAAAAAGUCAUGCCAUACUGCCAUGGAUGACCAACAAAGAUAAGAGAAAACAAUCCCUCAUCAUUUCCUAGGCAAUGCACCGUUCUUAAAGGAUAGCUAAUUUUAAAUCUUAGUGGAAUUUCUCUCAUUCUUUGGUGUGCAAUAGUUGGUUCCUUUUGUUUUAGUUUUACACUGUCUUAUUCAUGCUUCCACAUGCUAUCAUUCAUCAAACGCUCCAGCCUGCUAGCAGCAAGCUCAUAGUUUUAAGAAAACCUUAAACCAGAGAAUGUUUUUAGAAUUACUGGUAAGCUUUUCAGGGCAUGUCUAGUAAUGAAUAUUCACAUUGCAAGAUAUAUGCUUUGAUGAAAAGGCCACACAAUAUUGCAAUUAGACUUUGACAGUCUCUAGCAGACUAGCCUCCUUCUGCACUGUUCUGAACAUCAAGGCUCAGACAUCUUGGGAGUGUAAACAAAGCUUACAAUUAUGCUAAAUUUUCAUUAAUCAAUUUCAAUUGCAUGGAUUUCUUUGCUUAGGUAUGAUGAGCACAACAGCCUCGCUUGGGCUCAUUUUAUUGUGGGAUGUCGACGCUGGACUCACCCAAAUCGAUAAAUAUCUAUAUUCAACUGAAGACUAUAUCAAGGCUGGUGCCUUGUUGGCUUGUGGUAUUGUAAACUCUGGAGUGAGAAAUGAAUGUGACCCAGCACUUGCUUUGCUAUCAGAUUAUGUUCUGCACAACAACAAUAUCAUGAGGCUUGGGUCUGUAGUGGGGCUUGGUCUAGCUUAUGCUGGUUCCAACAGACAAGAUGUGUUGUCUCUAAUUCUUCCUGUUCUGGGUGACCCCAAGUCGAACUUGGAGGUGAUUGGUAUGGCAGGCAUUGCCUGUGGUUUGGUUGCCAUAGGAACAUGUAACGGUGAGGUGACAUCAACCAUACUUCAAACAAUGAUGGAACGUUCUGAGACUGAAGUCAAAGAAACAAAUGCUCGUAAUUUAGCCUUGGGGCUUGGCUUAACAUUCUUAGGGAAACAAGAAGCAGCAGAAGCUACUUUAGAAGCUUUGAAAGUUGUUCCUGAACCUCUUGGAAAGUGGGCUUCCAUCUUAGUUGAAAUUUGCGCAUAUGCUGGGACUGGAAAUGUCCUCAAAAUUCAGGAAAUGCUGCACAUCUGUAGUGAACACUUUGAACAGAAGGAUGAUGAAGAAAAAGACAAAGAUUCUAAAGACAAAGAUUCCAAGGACAAGGACAAAGACAAGAAAGAAGCUGAGAAGUCAGAUGACGGCAGUCAUCAGGGUGUGGCUGUACUAGGGAUUGCUUUAGUAGCCAUGGGUGAGGAGAUCGGUGCUCAGAUGGCACUCAGAACAUGCAAUCAUCUGCUGCAGUAUGGUGAACCUGUGAUACGUCGAGCGGUGCCCCUAGCUCUUGCUAUCUUAUCAGCCUCAAAUCCCCAACUGAGUAUAAUUGACACUCUCAGCAAGUUGUCUCAUGACAAUGAUGCAGAAGUGUCACACAACUCCAUCUUUGCCAUGGGGAUUGUUGGUGCAGGAACCAACAAUGCCAGACUUGGAGGAAUGCUUCGGCAACUGGCCAUGUACUACCACAAAGAUGCAAACAACCUGUUUAUGGUGCGACUUGCACAGGGAUUAGUUCACCUUGGUAAGGGUACAUUAACACUUGGUCCUUAUCAUUGUGAUCGUUCUUUGAUGAUGCCUGUAGCAGUUGGUGGCCUGUUGUCUGUUCUUGUCUCAUUCUUGGAUGUAAAGAAUGUGAUUCUUGGUAAAUCACAUUACGUUCUGUUUAAUCUGGUGUCUGCCAUGCAACCAAGAAUGUUGGUGACAUUUGACACUGAUCUGCGUCCUUUGCCUGUCUCUGUGAGAGUUGGCCAGGCAGUUGAUGUUGUGGGUCAAGCAGGAAAGCCCAAAACAAUAACAGGAUUUCAGACUCAUACUACACCAGUGUUGCUUGCAUAUGGAGAAAGAGCAGAGUUAGCCACCGAGGAAUGUAUCCUUUGUAGUUUUGUCACAACAAACCUAAUAGUAAAUUGUUAUUGUCUUUAACUGAAGUUAAUUGGU